ACCCAACACGUUCAGUGACCUGCGCGCCGCGCCGCUUGCCGAACGCGCCGAGCUAGCAUCAUGACGGACUUCAACAACGUUGUAUUUCCCCGCAAAUUACUGAAGAAAUUCAUCCUAUUAUACAAAGAACAAGCCUGCCUCUGGGACCGACAAUCUGUUUUGUACAAAAACAAACAGAAAAGACACGAUGCGGUCUCGAAACUAACAGAAUUAGUACGUGAAUACGAUCCAGGCGCGACUAGGGUUCACGUGCUCAGAAAAAUCGAGAGCUUGCGAGCAUGCGUACGCCGUGAACACAAACGAGUACUCGACAGCCGGCGGAAGGCGACUAGCGAUGAUGAAAUAUACACCCCACAGCUAUGGUAUUACGACUUAUUUUCAUUUGUGUUCAAAGAGGAAGGGAGCAAUCACAAGAUAAAAACUGACACCACUCCGACCGAACAAGAAUCUGAGGAAGAAGAAGUCAUAGAUAAUGAGGAACAGUCGUUCGAAACACAGACAUAUCCAAUAGAAUAUAAUACCAUGGUUGAAGUCUCAGAAAGUCCAUCCACUUCAAAACCAUAUGCCUUUGAAGAGGAUCAGAAUAAAAAUGGAAAACGACCAUGGACAGAGAUAGAAGACGAAUACGACGCUAUAGGUGUCAAUGUAGCUGCAAAGCUUCGCAAUCUUCCGACCAACGUGAGCAUAUUAGCUGAGAAGUUGAUCAACGACGUACUCUUCCAUGCUCAGAUGAAUGGACUUAAUUCUUCCACUGUAUUGACUACGACUGAUCCGUUCAAACAAGAUGGUUAAGAUAUAUUUUUAUUAUAACUGAUUAUGCGAAAUGUAAUUAAGUUAAAAUAUAAAAGACUAAAUCA